AAUACUACCUGUUUCCAAAGCAACCUGCAAAUUAACUACUACUCUUCAUUACAGACCAACCUCCCAAUCUUCAAAUUGAAGGAGUCGUGUGUGAGGAGACGAUACAGUGACUUUGAGUGGCUGAAGAAUGAGCUGGAACGAGACAGUAAGAUUGUAGUGCCACCGCUGCCUGGAAAAGCUUUGAAACGACAGCUUCCCUUCCGAGGAGAUGAAGGCAUCUUUGAGGAGUCCUUCAUUGAGGAGCGGAGACAGGGACUAGAACAGUUUAUUAACAAAAUUGCUGGACACCCACUGGCACAGAACGAGCGCUGCUUACAUAUGUUCCUGCAAGAGGAGACUAUUGAUAGGAAUUACGUCCCAGGGAAAGUGCGCCAGUAGGAGCACCUGGCACUGCCUUCCUCCAUUCCACCCUCCCUCCUGCAAAAAUGACAUUUAUUUUUACACUAAAUCUGUCUUCUCUGAACCAGUUUUCCUCUCUUGAACCUCCCAGUUUGUUCAGUAUUUUCCUCUUUUGUAACGGGCAGCAGCUUGUUCUACUGGGCUGUGAUCUUGACCUAAAGGUAUGAAGAUUUAUGCAAGUGAGUGUGUUGUCCCGCACCUAGGGGCAGAUGUGAAUAGGUGUGGAGCAGGAACUUGCUUAUGGCGUUAUGUUGUAGGAGCUGCCUCUUUCCCUGUACAGGAAGGCAUGAGAUGACCUUCACUCCCCUGUCUGUGCAGCCCCAAGCAUCUCUGCAGGAGACUCUGAAGAAUAGCAGUUGUCAUGUUGGUCAGUGAUCGCAUCAGGUAUUAGAGUUUUAGUAAGGCUUAUCCAAAACAGUGAGUAGGUGCCUGGGUGUGUUGGUCUCUUGUCCACCCCAUUCACCCUGCAUGAAACCCCCAUUCUUCACUGUCUGGAAAUGCUGAGACCCAAGACCUCCUCUAACCCUGCUCUCAGCCUCCUGCGUUACAGACCUGUUUGGUGUAUUCGUGUUAGUCCCCCUCCUUUCUUAUGUGCUGCUGGCAGCUUGAGGGGUUUCCAUGCCGUGUGCUCUCAUGAUGCUCUGCGUGGGCAGUUUGGCGCGUGAAAGCUGGGAUAGCCUGGGCUGUAGCAGUGUGUGCUGUGAUACCUUGGUCCAGGGUUUAAAAUCUGCCACAGCUUGCUCUGCUGUGGGCUGGCGUGGUGUUGUUUCCAGCAGUAGGCUGCUCAGCCGAGCUGUGGUGACUUUAUCCCAGGCUGCAGCUGCAGAGGGGAGGAGGCAGGUCUGGCUGAGGAGGGGCAGGAGAGGGCUGCUGGGGGGUGUUGUAGGGUGUGGUGUGAUGGCUGCCACAGUGGUGGCUGCCACAGGAGGAGCCCGGCGGUGAGGCCACCUCUCUAUAAAGGGACGGCAGAAAAUGGUCAGUCCUGGGUUAGACGCUUGCUUACAAAGCAGAAGUUAACAACGGCUUUUUGUGUGUUUUCCCACUCUGCAGUGAGCUAGAUAGUUACUUGUGUGGAAGCGAGGACACAGACUAGUCAGGGAAGCGUUCAGAGCUUGAGGGGGACCACGAGGCUGCAGCAGAACUGUCCUUCAGAGGCUCCUCCAGCUGUCACAGCUGUGAUGAGUGAGGUUGGGCCUCAGCUUGGAGGCUCCUCAGGUCAAGGCUGGCUGGUUUAUAAGCACUUGGUCACUUUGUGGUGCCACAGUUGAGCCUUUCUUGGGUACAGGCCUGCAGUGACUGCCCUCCCAUUCCUGCCUGCCAAGCACGUCCCCCAAGGCCUCCCUAAUGUCUCCUGGGUUUUUCUGGUGAGGAACUGGUGCUGCUGGGUGAGAGGUGGUUCUUGGGGAGGAGAAGUCGCUGAAACCAGGAGGGAACUGCUCCGGGGGGCCAGCUCGGCCCGGGAAGGGCUGUGGGGCAGCGCGGAGCGGGGCUCAGCCCCUGUCCCCCCGCCCUGCCGGCCCCUGCUUGGGGCGGCCCCUCCUCUUGCCCGUCCCGCUGCGGGGCUGCCGCCCAUCCAGCUGUCUCCAGCCUGUCCAGUGUAACGUCCCGGUUCCGUUCGCAUUAAACCACUGUGAAGCCAA